CAAAUUACAAAUAAUGUGAUGAUUAAUAAUAACUUUGUUAAAUUUUUUAUUAAAAAAAUUUUUGGUCCAUCAAUUUUAUUGUUUAUAUUAAUUAUUGGUUCAUAUUGGCCAAUAUUUAAUGCUGAACUUGUAUUUGAUGAUCGUCCAACAAUUAUACAGAAUAAUGAUAUAAAAUCAGAAGAAACAUCAUGGUUACAAUUAUGGUCAAAUGAUUAUUGGGGAAUGCCAUUAAAAUCGAAAUUAAGCCAUAAAAGUUAUCGUCCAUUAACAAUAUUAACAUUUCGUUUAAAUUAUUUUAUACAUCAAUUAAAUCCAUUUGGUUAUCAUUUGAUUAAUAUUUUAUUACAUUAUUUGGUUACUAUUCUAUUCUAUCGGUUAUGUCAAUGGUUUUAUCGAUUAAAAUUUACAAAUUUUUCUGUAUCCGGUGAUAAAACAUCAUCAAUCUCAUCAUUAUCAACACCACCAUCACCACCAUCAACAGCAACAAUGAUGACAACAACAACCAAAACAACAACAACAACAUCGUGGAUACAAUCAACACCAUUCAUAAUGGCUGCAUUGUUUGCCGUACAUCCUAUACACACUGAUUGUGUUUGUUCAGUAGUUGGUCGUGCUGAAUUAUUAUCCGCUAUAUUUUAUCUAUCAUCAAUAUUAUUAUGGAAUUUAAAUCCAUUUAUAAAUAUUGAUAAUAAUAAUGAUGAAAAUGUAAAACAUAAAUCACAAUUUAUAAGGUGGUCAUCAUUAUUACAAUUGUUUAUUAAUAAAUAUCAUCGAUUAUUAUCAAUAUUAAUGGCUUUAUUUGGUUUUUUAUGUAAAGAACAAGCAAUAUUUGUAUUGUUAUAUUUAGCUAUUAAUCAUUUAUUCAUCAAUAAUAAUAAUAAUAAUAAUAAUAAUCAUUAUUAUGAUCAUGAUAAUAACAAGAUAAUUGAACAACAACAACAACAACAACAACAACGUCGACAAUAUCGUCAUCAACAACAACAACAUCGACGACGAUAUCGAUCCAUUUUCACGUCAUCAUCAUCAUCAUUAUCAUCAUCAAUAAACUAUGGGUCAUCAUCAUCAUUAUCAAUGUUGAUCAUUAUGAUUAGAUCAAAAUUACAAACAAUAAUCAUAUUAGCUACUGUAUUUAUUGGAACAAUUUAUAUACGUUUUUUAAUGAUGGGCUAUUCUUUGCCAAUAUUUAACAGAUUUGAUAAUCCAGCAUCCAGAAUGCAAUGGCCAAGUCGUCAUCUAACAUAUGGUUAUCUAAUAUUAUAUCAUUAUUGGAUGAUGUUUUAUCCACAAUUUUUAAGCUGUGAUUGGACACAUUCAUCAUUAAAUCUUAUUGAUUAUCAAUCGAUCAAUAAUAAUCCUUUGAAUAUUAAUAAUAAUAAUAUUAAUAUUACAAACACCUUUGAUUAUAAUGAUAAUGAUUAUCCAAAUAUUUAUUAUCGUACAAUAUUGGUUAUUGUUUGUUUUAUUAUCAUUAAAAUUACCAUUUAUAAAUGGAUUCUAUUUAUAUUACGACAACAACAACAACAACAACAACAGCAUCAACAACAACAGCAACAACAACAACGACUACGACAACAAAGAAAUCGAUAUAAAAAUCGUAAUGUCUUGAAGGCAUAUCAAAUCAUUGAUGAUAAUGAUGAUAAUGAUGAAAAUAAUAAUGGUGGUGGAUAUUGUAAUCACUUUUACUACAAUAUUAACCAAUUUGAUCAACAUCAAUCGAUUAUUAUAAUGAUGAUAAAAAUAUUAUUAUCAUUAUCAUUAACAAUAAUACCAUUCAUACCCGUAUCAAAUAUUUUAUUUCCGGUUGGAUUUAUUAUAGCUGAACGUAUACUUUAUUUACCAUCCAUUGGUUUUAUAUUAUUAUUCGGUUUUGGUAUCGAUUAUUUAUCAUUAUUAUUUUCAGAUAAUAAUAAUAAUAAUAAUAAUAAUAAUACAUUAUCAUCAUUGUUGUCAUCAUUAUUUAGUUUGUUACGACGACGACGACUACGACGAACAUCAUCAACAAAAUGUGACCACCACCACCACCCCCACCAUAAUAAUAUCGUUGUUGGAACUUUGGAUUGUCAAUAUUGUCAUAAAUCUUCAGCUAUAAAUGGUGAUGAUGAUAGUUGGCAACCUACUACUACUACUACACAUUCUGGUUAUUAUUCGUGUACGAAUAACCCGAGAAAUCGACAUUGGAAAUUUCAUCCAAUUCGUAUGGCAACCAUAAUGUUAAUCAUAAUAUUUUCGGCAAAAACAUUUUUACGUUCAUAUGAUUGGACAAAUGAAUUUGUUCUCUAUGAAUCCGGUCUCAAAGUUAAUCCACGUAAUAUAAAACUAUUGAAUAAUUUAGGACGUUUAUAUGAAACAACAAUAACAACAACUAAAACAAAAACAAAAUCGAAUUCCAUUGAAAUAGCUAUCGAAUUGUAUAGAAAAGCGAUUAGUAUUGAACCAACAGAUUUACGUAGCUAUCUAAAUCUUGGUAAUGUUUAUCAUAAACAUUUUAAUGAUACUCGAAUGGCCGAACAAAUCUAUCGAAAUGCAUUGAAACAAUUUGAUCAAUAUCAACAAAAUCAACAAUCAUUGAUUGAAAUUGAUAAUCGAUUAUCAUUAUCACCAUUAUAUUUAACAUUAUUAAUACGUUUAACAGAAUUAUUAUCAAUUGAUUCAACAAGACAAAAUGAUUUGAAAAUAAUACAGGAUAAAUUGAUUGAAACACAAUUUCUAUUAGAUCCAAUAACAAUAUUAACGACAUCUUGUGAUCAUGAAUGUAAUCGUAAUCAUCAUCAUCAUCGUACGGAUGAUGUAUUAUCAUCGAUCCAAUUGGAUCAAUUAUAUAAUUUAGGUGUGGUACAUUAUCAACAAGGCCGAAUAAAAGAAGCAUUCAAUUAUUUUGAACGUAUAUUAUCAAUGAAUCCAAAUCAUGUGGAUACAUUGCUGACAUCAGCACGUAUUAUACAGGAUGAACAUUUAGAUCAACUAAAACAUAUUGCCUAUGAUCGUUUAGAACAUUUAAUACGACUUGGAAAAGAUGAUGAAUCUAUAUAUUUUAAUCUGGCUACAUUGGCAAUCAAUAAUAGAAAUUUUAAUCGUGCAAAACGUUUAUUUAAAAAAGCUAUUGCAAAACGUGAAUCAUUUGCUGAAGCACACUAUAAUUUAGCUUUAUUAUUAGUUAAGGAGAUGGAUCCAACGCCCAAUAAUCUUGGUCAACAACAACAACAACAACAACAAUCAAUGUUAACAAAUUCAGCACAAUUACGAGAAGCAAUCGAUCAUCUUCAACGAGUUUUGCUGAUCAAUCCAAAACAUAUAAAUUCAAUGUUUAUUUUAGCCGAAUUAUAUGCUGAAGAAUUACAACAAUUAGAUCGUGCUAGAUAUUAUUAUCAAUUGAUUUUGGAUCAUAUCGAUCCAAAUAAUAUACAAGCUAAACAUAAUCUUUGUGUAUUAUGGCAUAAACAAAAUAAUAUCGAUAAAUCGAUUCAUUGUUUUGAAGAUUUAUUACAAUAUUUAUCAUCAUCAUCAUCAUCAAUAAACGAUAAAUCAUCGAUAAAUUAUUGGCAAAUCAUACAGGAACAGAUUACAUAUCUAUGGAAAAUUAAAAAUUUUAAUCAAACCAAAACCAAAUCUAUCGAAUCUUUAGUCAAUAAUAAUAUUAAUAAUACUGAUUAUGAUGAUAAUAAUAAUGAUGAUGAAUAUCGAAUGGAUCAACAAUGUCAAAAUGUAUCUGAUUUAGAAAUGUUACGUAACCACUAUCAUCAUCAUUAUGGAAAUUAUUACAUGACCAAAAUGUGCUUUAUUUAAUUUGCAAACAAAAAAAAAUGAAAAUGAUUCUCUAAAACC